UAACGGACCUGGCAACUUACGUACCGGUCAAACUACAGGACGCAGACUCGAAAACAAUGGCGGACGAAGUAGAGCAGCAACCGUCUACCAACACGGUGGAGGAGCCACUCGAUCUGAUCAGACUCAGUCUGGACGAGAGGAUCUACGUCAAGAUGAGGAACGACCGGGAGCUCCGCGGCCGCCUGCAUGCUUACGAUCAGCACCUGAACAUGAUCCUCGGUGACGUGGAGGAGACGGUGACGACGGUGGAGAUCGACGAGGAGACGUAUGAAGAACUGUACAAGUCGACCAAGAGAAACAUCCCCAUGCUGUUUGUCCGAGGAGACGGCGUCGUCCUCGUAGCUCCGCCCCUCAGGGUGGGCUAGUCCUCGACCACUUCCUGGUUUCUAACACUGAGGAGGGGGGCUGUAUGCUCAAACAUCUUCAGACUGUCAACACCGUCCUCCUAACAUCCACAACACGCUGCACCGCUUCACUACUCAUCUCCAUCUUAUGUCUUUACUCAAAGACAGAAAGAGGACUUUUGUUUUGGACAGAGAGACGCCAUUUUCUUUUGUUUUCAUUUGGGUACAAUGUUGUUAAUAAAAGGUGGUUUCAGGCCACUGUCUGAGUUCCAUUGCUCAGGUUUUUGUACUGGAUUGUGCUCAGUAGAGCAGUAGAUAAAUCCCCACCGUAAGUUGUUGAAUAUUAUUUUGAGUUACCUCUUUUUCACAGUCUUUGAAAGUACCGGACCGUGUUUCAAGUGUCUCAUCGUGGUUUCAGGUAACUGCUUCAGAUGUUAGCUUUAGCUGUAGUUUUUUUUACAUGUAUAUUUUGUAGUGUUUCGUGGGACUGGAGAGUGCAUCGGGCUCAGAUGUCAAGAUUUGGUUUCAUUUUGGUUUCGGUAACUUGAAUAAAAAAAGGUAAUUUGAAAAGA